AUGGGCACGCCAUUCAUUGCCCUUCAGGAACCGACGCCCCUCCCAUGGGAGAAAGCCCUCCCACCCUCGGAGCAGCCCAACGCCUCUUCCAUUCCGCGCACCUUCCUAGACGCCAUGACAGUGCGCUCGCAAGUCUUCGUCCAGGAGCAGAAAAUCCCGCAAGCCAACGAGUUCGACGCAGACGACCCGCGCUCCGCGCACUGGGUCAUCUACGCCUCAGUGAACCACACCAUCACGCCAGCCGUGGCCGACGCCACGACAGGCGAGAUCAUCCGUCCGCGGCAAAGCUCGACCCAGUCCGUCCCAAUCGGCACCCUACGCCUGGUCCCCUUCCCACACCCGCCGCACCCGGUCCAAGGCGGCGUCUACGUCGACGGCGAGCUCAUCACCACCACCGGCCAGGACGACAACACCACCACUACCACCGCCACCACCGCAACCACCGACCCCUCCUCACCAGCAACAACCACCGCCCCACAACCAACAUUCACCCCGGACCGCCCAACAAGCUACCACGACGGCAUAGAACCCUACGUCAAACUCGGCCGGCUGGCCGUGAUCCCCGAGUUCCGCGGCCGGGGCAUCGCCGGCCAGCUAAUACGCACAGCAAUCGACUGGAUGCGCAAGCACCCGUCCUACUUCGACCCAUCCCCGGCCGAGCGCGGUUUCUCGCAGCUAGGCAUGGAGCAAGGGGGGACGCUUCCCUUAUGGAACGGCCUAUUCUGCUGCCACGCGCAGGCAGACGCCGUGAAAGUGUGGGAGAAGUGCGGGUUCCAGGUGGACGAGGCGAUGGGUACGUGGAUGGAGGAGGGAAUCUUGCAUUAUGGCAUGUUUUUAAGGGUUGAAGUUGAGAGGGAGGUAAACCAGAUCUAG